UAAAUACCCAUAUCCAUCAUAAGUUUGUAACAGACCAUAAGCAACAACAGCCAUGGCCAUACAUAAAUCUCUCUCCCUCGCUUUUCUCCUCUUUUUCCUACCCUUUCUUUCUUCUUCCCAUGCAACAAUAUCAUCUGCAACAGCAGGACUGCCAGAAGCAGAGGCUCUCCUGAAAUGGAAAGCCAGCCUCUCACCAGCACAAGCUCUCCACUCAUGGUCACUUCCUGCUACUAAUGCCAGCACCAACACCCUAUCUCGAUGCAAAUGGACUGGGAUCUCAUGUAACAGCCUUGGAAGUGUAACAGAGAUAAGCCUACCGAGUGCAGGCUUGCAAGGUAAGCUCGACAACUUGAGCUUCCCCUCAUUUCCAAACCUCGUUCAUCUCAAUCUCAGUGGCAACACUCUCACUGGUACCAUCCCAGCUCAUAUUGGCGCUCUUUAUAAACUCACAUCGCUCAAUCUGUCUGCAAAUAGUAUAAGUGGAUCAAUACCCCUAGAUAUAGGGAAUCUUGUGAAUUUGAAGGAACUAGACUUGUCCAUUAACCACCUAGAUGCUUCUAUCCCUUCCACUUUAGGGAACUUGUCAAAGCUUUCCAUCUUGCGCCUGGACCAAAAUCGAAUCUCUGGCUCCAUUCCACCACAGAUGGGGAAUCUGCAAGAUCUGGUUCUGUUGACUGUGUAUCAAAACAAUCUGACUGGUCCCAUCCCUCCUGCUUUGGGUAAUUUGAGAAACCUUAAUGUAUUGGCCCUCUACAGCAAUCAAAUUUCUGGUUCAAUUCCUCCACAAUUUGGGAAUUUAAUGAAUCUCGACAAUCUUGAUCUGUCCAAUAACAGUCUAACAGGUUAUAUCCCUUCUACUUUAGGAAACUUGACCAAGCUUACUAGGUUGUCCUUUGCUGACUGUCAAUUAUCUGGUUCCUUGCCUCAAGAAAUGACAAACAUGACAAAUCUUUCUAAACUCCACUUGAAUGGCAACAGCAUCUCUGGCUAUUUACCUCAGUUAUGCCAGGGCGGAUCUCUUCAAUUCUUCACUGCGGUUGGCAACCAUUUCACUGGUGAGAUCCCAAAAAGCAUCAGAAAUUGCACUAGCUUAAUAAGAGUGCGACUUAAUGGAAACCGACUUGCUGCAAACGUAUCGGAAGCCUUUGGUGUAUACCCGCAUCUCUCAUUCAUGGAUGUCAGCAACAACAUGUUGUUUGGUGAACUCUCACCAAAUUGGGGAGAAUGCCGAAAUUUGACAAAGCUACAAUUAUCCGGGAACAUGAUCACCGGUAGACUUCCUCCUGAGAUAGGGCAGUUGAUGCAGCUACGUGUGCUUGGUCUUUCUUCAAACCAGCUGGUAGACAAGAUUCCAAAGGAAUUUGGGAGGCUGACUUCUUUGUUCAACUUAACUUUAAAUGAAAACCAGCUUUCUGGUCAGAUACCCCAAGAGAUUGGAAAACUAUCCAAUUUGGAGGUUCUCGACUUGUCAAUGAAUCACCUAAGUGGUCCAAUACCACCUCAAUUAGGUGACUGCUUCAAACUCCAAUAUCUGAAAUUGAGCGAAAAUGUUUUAAAUGGAAGCAUUCCUUUUCAGAUCGGUAACCUAGUAUACCUACAAGGCUUACUAGAUCUAAGUCAUAACUCCCUCAAUGGACAAAUAUCACCACAACUCACGAAAUUGAUUCGGCUGGAAAAGUUAAACCUCUCCCACAACAUGCUGUUAGGCUCCAUUCCACCUUCUUUUGAAGGGAUGUUCAGCUUGCAAUCCAUUGAUUUUUCAUACAAUGCUUUGGAAGGUCCUCUUCCCAACAGCAAAAGCUUUCAGAAGGCUCCUGCAGAGGCAUUCAUAUAUAAUAAGGGCUUAUGUGGUGAAGUGCAAGGUUUGCGACCUUGCAAUGCCUCUUCAAUCAAUCAUGGUGAUGCGAUGAAAGGUCACAGAGUUGUGAUCCUCAUUAUUCUUCCUGUCUCAGUGGCCUUGUUUCUUUUAUUUGUAAUCAUUGGCAUUUCUUCCAUUUAUUACCAAAGAAGAAGAAAUAUAAAGAAAGUGGUUCUUGAGAGGAGCAGCGGAAAUCCAUUUUCAUUAUGGAAUUAUGAUGGGAUUGCUGUGUUCGAAGACAUCGUGGAGGCGACAGAGGGUUUUGACGACAAAUACUGCAUUGGAAUUGGAGGGUAUGGAAAAGUUUACAAAGCAAAUCUACCAAUGGGUCAGGUAGUAGCUGUGAAGAAACUUCACCCACUCGAAGGAGGGGAUCAAUCUGAUCAAAGAAGUUUUAGAAAUGAGAUACAAGCAUUAACCGAAAUCCGACAUCGCAACAUAGUGAAGCUUUAUGGCUUUUGCUGCCAUGCUCGAUGCUCGUUUCUCGUCUAUGAGUACAUGGAAAGGGGAAGCUUGGCAAAUAUCCUAAGCAAUGAUGAAGGAGCUGCACAAUUGGACUGGACUCUAAGGGUGAAGAUUGUUAAAGGUGUGGCCCAUGCUUUAUCUUACAUGCACCAUGAUUGCACCCUGCCAAUUGUCCAUCGAGACCUAUCAAGCAACAACGUUCUGCUGAAUUCAGAACUUGAGGCUAGUGUUUCUGAUUUUGGCACUGCACGAUUGUUGAUACCUGAUUCGUCCAAUUGGAAUACGCUUGCAGGCACUUAUGGAUACAUCGCUCCAGAGCUUGCAUAUACAAUGAGGGUGACUGAGAAAUGUGACGUCUAUAGCUUUGGUGUUGUGGCACUUGAAGUGAUGAUGGGAAGGCAUCCUGGGGAGCUCAUUUCCUCUUUGUCAUCACCAAAUAGAGAAGAUAUACUGCUAAAGGAUAUGUUGGACCAACGUCUCUCCGAUCCGAUGGUGGAGGUUGCACAGGAAGUCAUAUUUACAGUGUCCAUGGCCCUUGCAUGCAUUCAGCUAGAUCCAGACUCUCGGCCAACCAUGCACCAUGUGGCUCAGGAGCUAUCUGUUGGCGGGCCUUCUUUCUCUCUAGAGUCAUUCAAUGCACUUACAUUUCGUCAACUGAUGAAUCUCAAGGUAUAAUUGGGUGUAUGAAAAUUAGUGAGGCUAUGGGUGUGUAGUGGCAAGAACAUUAUUACUAUGCAUGUCCAUCGUAUGAAAAUAAUCAAUCACGGAGGUGUUUUUCUUGUUA